CAUUAGGGGCUGCGGCGGGGGCCAAUCUCAGCCGCUCGCUUUUCCCGGCGGCCCCUGCGACGAGCGCGGUGGGUGUUGUACACAAUCAUCAUGGCGGCGGCCGGAGCCCCGGAUGGCCUGGAGGAAGCUGGCAUGGACACGGAGGCCGAGACGGUGGCCGGCGAGGCCCCCGCGCGGGCCCGCAACUGCGUGGAGGCCGGAGGCACGGCGGCAGGGCCGGGGCCGGGGCCGGCGGCGGCGGAGGAGGACUCUUGCCCGGCCGCGCGAGGCAGCCCGCAGCCCGCGCCCCCGGCCCAGCCCCCCGGGGACCCCGCCGCGGCCCAGGCCUCCGCGGUCAGCAACGGCGAAGACGUGGGCCAGGAGCUGGUGGACCUCAAGAUCGUCUGGAACAAGACCAAGCACGACUUGAAGUUCCCUCUGGACAGCACCGGCUCCGAGCUCAAGCAGAAGAUCCACUCGAUCACAGGUCUUCCGCCGGCCAUGCAGAAAGUUAUGUACAAGGGCCUUGUCCCUGAGGAUAAGACAUUGAGAGAAAUGAAAGUGACCAGUGGGGCCAAGAUCAUGGUGGUUGGCUCCACGAUAAAUGAUGUUUUAGCCGUGAACACGCCCAAAGAUGCUGCUCAGCAGGAUGCCAAGGCCGAAGAGAGCAAGAAGGAACCACUCUGCAGGCAGAAACAACACAGGAAAGUGUUGGAUAAAGGGAAGCCUGAAGAUGUGAUGCCCUCGGUGAAGGGCGCCCAGGAGCGCCUGCCUACUGUCCCCCUGUCCGGCAUGUACAACAAGUCGGGAGGCAAAGUGCGACUCACCUUCAAGCUGGAGCAGGACCAGUUGUGGAUUGGCACAAAAGAACGGACUGAAAAGCUGCCCAUGGGCUCCAUCAAGAACGUGGUGAGCGAGCCCAUCGAGGGACACGAGGACUACCACAUGAUGGCAUUUCAGUUGGGCCCCACGGAAGCCUCUUACUACUGGGUGUACUGGGUUCCAACUCAAUAUGUGGAUGCAAUCAAAGACACUGUGCUGGGGAAGUGGCAGUAUUUUUGAAAGCACUUUCACCUCUGGCCCAGGAGACUGACCCAAAGUGAAGGACAUUGCUGGGAGAGGCCUGCAGCAUCCCUGGAUUUCAGAGUUCUGGAACUUGAUUCAAAAACAAAAAAAUCUAUAUCCAAUCUAAGGUGAUGUGGUGACCGAAGCCAGAGGUGAUGUACUUUCACCAUUAGCUUAAUUUUAACUUAAAUUCACCGGUUCCCUUUCUUGCAGUCAGCUUCAUACCAUUUUUUCCAAGUCCAAGCAGUGGAAAUCAAUAAAUUCUGAAUUCCAAAUGUGUUGUGUGGAAUACUCUUAAAUCUGUUUGAGAGUAGAUCUGCCAAUUCUGUUUAGAAAAGAGAAAAUCAAAAGCUUUCUGGUUUCCUUUAUAAAAACAAAAAUAAUGUUUUUGUUUUUUAUUCUUUAAAAGAAAUUUCAACUGAAAUAUUUACAUAAACCUUUGGUUGCAAACAUGUGGACUGCAUUGUAAUAGGGGGUGUUGUUUUUAUAUAUUUUUUUCAUAUAAAGUUGUAUGUAAAAUGGGGGGGGCUUAACAGGCCAUAUUUUUCUUAUUCAUUGAUUCCAGUUUAUUCUCUCCUCUCUCCCUUUCUCACUUCCUAGAUUGGCGUUUUUGUUUUCAAACCCAAAGAUGUCGGUUCCUCUUUUUUGUACCUCAUCACCGCUUCCUCUCCUGGCCGUGCUGCUGCUGGGGAUGUUCUGAAAAGGAGGGUUCUCCCUGCAUAUUCUCUGGUGGGGUAUGGGCUUUGUCCCUGGGUGCAUUCAUUGCUCGCAGUGACACUUGUCUAAACAUCCUGCCCUCCUGUUCCUGUUCCUUGUUCUCCAUCUCUGGGCCCUGUACUGGCUGGCUGGCUGAUCUGUCGGCCAUCUUCACAGAUUUGGCAGGGCUGUGUCUGGGUAGGGCUGCUCCCAAGCUAGGCAGAAAGAUAGUUGAAUUGGCACAGUCAUCAAGCCCCCACACCCCCAAUCCCAGCCCAGCUUCCUUGGCAAUGUUCCAGAAAGCUCUUAAGCAGUCCAGUGAUUGUUUCAGUUCAUCAUUUCCAUUUUUUUCCGGUCCUUCUGCUCCUGUGUUACGUUCAAGUGCCCUUCAUCCCAGAUUCAGAGAUGCUGCCUUUCUCAUGUAGAAGACAUCUGAGCUGGUGGGUUGGCUGAUGGCUGAGGCCUCAGAGGUUGGGCUAUGGCUUUGGUGAGGGGCUCGCCCACUCCCAUUUCUCGCCCUUCCAUUCUCUGUUCCUGUGAACUUCUGUUAUCUCCUCUUGGUUUGGCUUACCCUCAGACAGAGAGGAAUCCCACCUCUUGGUGAGGGGUCUCCUUUAUGCUGUUUGCUGUUGUCCCGCUGCUGUCUUUGUGAUCCUCCUCCCCUUGGGUGUAGGCGCGCACCUUAAAGGUGGUGACUGGGGAGCCUCAGACCUACCCCUCUCCCUCACCCCACUUUGGCUUCUUGGCCGUUACUCCCCAUACUGUGAAGCGUAUUCGCAUGUGUUCACCCAAGUUGACUCUUCCUCUUAAGCCGGUUCAUGAUGGUCUCUUCCCUGCAUCCCUGCUCGGCUGUAGUUUGGGAGUCUCACCCAUAGAGCCACAGUCUUGCUUUUCAUGGUGUAAUCUCACGUCCAGUCAAGCAUCUGGGCAGGGAAAAUACUCUCACAGUUCCAGAGGCUUUGGGACCUUGCAGGGGCUGCAUUAAGUAGCAGUAAAGAUAGCUUUCUGGGGUCCCCUGGCCAGCAGUUCUCAGAGGAGAGUGUGCCCCGCUUUUGCUCCUUGUUGGAGCCUCCCUCUGUGAGUAACCUUGCCCCAGGAUUACUAUCCCCCUGCCCCAGAGAUGUCUCCUUGUCUGCCCCUUCCAGUGAGCACUGGCCCAGCUUUCCCCGCUCAUUCUGGCUAGUGUCGCUGCCAAGCAGGGCCCAUGCUGGGCUGAGCCUUUUAAUUUGAAGUCAAAUGGUGCUUUUUUUCCCUUACUUACAGAUACAAUAUAUAAAUAAUCACGUCAAUGACGCCUUUUUGUACAGUGCUGUCAAGUAUUGUUUCCCCGGAGCUCACUCCCUGCUAGAACAGUGGAGGCUCUGACUUCUGACCCCAGUGCAUGGACACUUUGCUGGAAGCCCUCAGAGAGUAGAGUAGGAUGCCAUUCAGUGCCCCAGGGACUGGAUUCCCUCCCUUUUGACUAGAUCCACAUUCAGGUCGCGCAGUAUUGUCUCUGGCCCCUCGAUCCUCUGAGAUAUCUCUGUCUCUUUCGUGGUCCAUAAUGGACAACUGUCUCUUAACAAGUGGCAGCCCCCUUCUGCCCUCAUGUGCGGCUCUUACUCAGCUCCUCAGGAUUCUCUCUCUGCACAGCCCUUCAGGGUAUGAGACCCCUGGGGAACUUGGGGGUUGUGGCCUGCCCCACAGAGUGGGGACACAGGAUGCAUUGGCAGCAGAGGGGGCUCCCAUGUGCCGGCCUCCUCUUGAGCGCCCUGAGGGUUGUGUUCUCUUCUGGAAGCUGUGCCAGGUGGGUCCCCUAGUAGGUCUUGCCUCCAGACAUCAGGCCUUCUUACCUUUUGGGGGUAGCCUGACAACAGAAGUGUGAGGUGACUCCAUGGAGCCCGGACCCCAACCUUUCUCCAGGCCGUCUAUGCCAGUUGGGCCUCUUACGGGCUUGGGUUUUCAGUCAGGCCUUUUGCUUUGUUGCAGAAGCUCCUUUGAAGCGAAGCUGCAUGCUCUUAGAAGGUACUUUGUCAUCAGGUGACAUAGUCGGGCCCAGUGAGACCCUCUGAAGGCUCCUUAGUUGCUGCUUUUUCCACCCCACGGCCAAAGAGACCAGCAUAGCCAUGUGGUCAUCACCAGCAGGGCAGGCUAUUCUCCCUCUUACUUGAACCACGUGCCUGGAGGAGCUGUCCUGGGCUCUGGCCCAGGCCCCCACUUUCUUGGGGGCCAAGAUGGGCAAAGGGGUGGGCAUGCUGGUAGAUCAGGGCCAGGCUAGGCAGGCCCUCCACUCUUCCUGCCGGCCCAGGGGGACAGCAGUGCAGUGUGGAUGGGGCUAGGGAGCAGGGCCAGGCCAGACAUCAGCUAAACUGGCCUGCCAAGCUGGGCCACUCUGCAUUCUAAGAAACCUCUCUCUCUCUCUCUCUCUCUUAAAGAGUUCUGCUGAAUUCUUUGACAGUCUCCCAAAGUACCGUGUUUUGUUGUGGUGGCCGCUCUGUUCUGGUCUUUAUUUUCCAAUCAAUGCCUGUGUGGGAGGAGAUGGAUGUACUUAGUCUAUUAGAUUUGCGCUGCUGGAUUUAUUUUUUUUUAAAGUGUACCCUUGACUAGCUGUCUUAUUGUUUAUCCUGUAAAAUUAGUCUUUCAAUUAAAGUUUCAUAAUGAA